GGCGGCAACCUCCACGGCGGCAACCUCCACGGCGGCAACCUCCACGGCGGCAACCUCCACGGCGGCGACCUCCUUGGUGGCCACCUGGCACCUCAUUCCACCUGACCGUCACCGAGACCCUUGACGGGGACGUCAACGCCGCCAUGGCCGAGGAGCAGAUGUACUUCUCGUGGACGGACUACUUCGUGUUCGUCGGCAUGCUGGUCGUGUCCACCGUGAUCGGGCUGUACCACGGCUUCAAGUGGCGGCCGUGGUCGCGGGGCGGCUCCUGCCGCGGCUCCAGCGAGGUGGGGUCGUCCUCCGUGGAGGAGCAGCCGGGGGACUCGUCGGCGGAGGAGUUCCUCACGGGCAGCGGCAAGAUGGGCACCCUGCCCGUGGCGCUGUCCAUGCUGGCCAGCUUCCUGUCCUCCAUCACGCUGAUGGGGCAGCCCGCCGAGGUGUACCUGUUCGGGCCGCAGCUCUGGCUCUUCGGGGUGGCGGCCUUCCUCGCCAUCCCCGUCAUCAACUACGUCAUGAUCCCGUUCUUCCACAAGCUGCAGAUCACGUCGGCCUACGAGUACUUCGGCAUGAGGUUCGGCCGCAACGUGCAGCGCCUGGCCUCGGUGCUGUUCACCGUCCAAAUGAUCCUGUACCUGGCCCUGGUGCUGUACGCCCCCGCGCUCGCGCUGAGUCAAGUGACUGGACUCAACACGCUGUUCGUCGUUACCGCCAUGUACGUGGUCGUCAUCUUCUACACCACCAUCGGCGGCAUGAAGGCGGUGGUCUGGACGGACACCUUCCAGGUGGUGGUGCUGUACGUGGCCAUGUUCGCGGUGCUCAUCAAGGGCACCGUCGAGGUGGGCGGCCUGGACACGGUGUGGCGCCGCAACGUGGAGCACGGCCGCGGAGACCUGUUCAAGUGGACCACGGACCCCACCGAGCGCUACUCCGUGUGGUCGUCGUUCGUGGGCGCGGCGGUGCUGCACAUGGCGGUGUACGGCGCCAACCAGCUGCAGGUGCAGCGCUACCUCACCGUGCCCUCCGUCAAGCAGGCGCGCCAGAUGAUCUGGAUCAACUGCGCGGGCUGGACGGUGGUGGUGCUGCUCACGGUGUACGCCGGCAUGCUCAUCUUCGCCAAGUACGCCGCGUGCGACCCCAUCACGUCGGGGCUCGUCACCAAGGCCGACCAGCUGUUCCCGCUCUUCGUCAUGGACUCCGUCGGCGACCUGCCGGGCUUCCCGGGCCUCUUCGUCGCGGGCAUCUUCAGCGCCGGGCUCAGCACCGUGUCCACGGGGCUCAACUCCCUGGCCGCCAUCUGGUUUGCGGAGCUGGACGGCACGCAGUUCAAGGCCAAGCUGUCGGACCGCGGCCGCGGCCUCACCGUCAAGAUGUUCUCGCUGGGCUUCGGCCUGCUGUCCUUCGCGCUCGUCUUCCUGGUGCCCUUCAUGUCCGGCCUGGCGCCCGUCGCCAUCGCGCUGUCCUCCUUCUUCUCCGGCACGCUCUUCGGCCUCUUCAUGCUGGGCAUGUACGUGCCCUUCGCCAACGCCGUGGGCGCCACGGUGGGGCUGCUGGCGGGCAUCGGCGUGGUGGGCUGGAUGACGAUGGGCGCGCAGUGGGCGACCGACGCGGGGCAGAUCGUAAACCCCCGUCUGCCGCUGUCCACCGGGGGCUGCGCCGCCAUGAACCUGACCGUCGUCCUGCUCGACGCACCGUAA